AGUUGCAAUGAGUAAGUUCUUCAAUGAAUAGGUCUUCUUGACCUUAACAUGAUUACAAGUUGCCGCGCUAUUGCUUACAGAAAAUUAGUUGCUUGGGUUUUCUCACAGAAGACAGUAGAUUGAUUCAUGUUCCAUUGGUUUGUAGAAUCCUGUUCAAAAAAUAAACAUGUUCUCGCGUUCCUCGAGCUUUGCAGGAGGCGCUUCGCGGUGCUCCACCUGGGGACCAUCAGGUUCUGCAAGGACCCUGGUGGCGAAGUGCAGGCUCGGCACUGCGUGCACGUCUGCUUCUUCGCGAAGUUUUUCGUCCAUGGGUGUAGUAGGCGCUGGACAAAUGGGUACUGGUAUCGCGCUCGUUGCCGCACGCGAGAAAGUAGCCGAUAAAGUGUUUCUGCUUGAUGCCUACGCGCCAGCCUUGGAGCAGAGUAAAAAGUUCGCGGCAAGCUGGGUGAGCAAGGAGGUAGCGAAGGGCCGCAUUUCGGAUGCAGACGGGCAGGAACUACUGCAGUCGAGGCUCAUGUACCAAAAGGCCACUAGCAGUGGCAAUCCACCAGAGGAGAAGGAGCUGGUGGGUGCCUGGACAGAAUGUAUAUGCGGGUCAUCGUCGGGACCGGCAGAUUUCGUCAUAGAAGCGGUAUCAGAAGACCUAGGAGUAAAGCAGAACGUUUACAGAAUGCUGGAGGCAGCGGGACUGCCGGAGAGUGCGGUGUUAGCGAGUAAUACCAGCAGUAUUAGUAUAACGAAGCUUGCAGCAAAAUUGCAGAGGCUACCGCCUGAAAAUUUCAUUGUUAAGCAGGAUCGAUGAACUAUACUAGUUUUUCAGUUUUUUUCUGAUCAUUCUAAAUGACUCGUUGUGUCGCGGUUCGGAAGAAUCAGAAGCCCUCACAGUUAUAUAUUUUAUAGGAAACUAAAACGGAUUAGAAAACAAGUUGCGUCACAGGAUAGUGAAAAACUUGUAUGUACCUCUAAGGCUGGAAUGCACUUUAUGAACCCCGUUCCAGUAAUGACGUUGGUAGAGCUCAUCAGGGGUUUGCAAACCUCAGACACAACGCACGCGAAGACAAUGGAUAUGGUUCGGCGCAUGAAAAAGGAUCCUGCGACGAGUGAGGACCGACCAGGGUUCAUAGGUACGCCAAUUUUUGAUACUUCGAUUGAUGGUUCUUGCAAGUGUACUGGUUAAAUACAAAGGAACUCUUUGAUGAACGAUCUCACCUCUGGCAUAAUGCAUCAAAUCAACAAGAACCUCUGAUUUCGUAUAACCAGCACAUUUGAAAAUAAACAAACUCUACUGAAUUUGUAACCUUCAGCCAACCGCAUAUUGAUGCCAUACAUCAACGAAGCGUGUACGUGCUUGCAAGAACGGAUCGGGACGCGAGAAGACAUUGACAAGAUCAUGAAGUUGGGGACCAACGUCCCGAUGGGACCGCUUACUCUGGCCGACUUCAUCGGUCUUGACACCUGCUUGGCGAUAAUGAGAGUUUUGCACCAAGACCUAGGCGACAGUAAGUAUCGGCCGAGUCCGUUGCUCGUGAAUUAUGUGGAAGCGGGUUGGCUGGGAAAAAAAGUGUUGAGAGGAUUUUACGAAUAUGAUAAAUAGUUCAUAGUAACGCAGGAGGAAUGGGAAAGAAGUAGUAGAGAAGAAAUAGAAAUAAUAGGCGAGAUAUAAUGUUGUUGAAUAAAUACAAAAGUGUAAAUCUUAUCACAUCUUGUACAGUCCCCAACAAAGGUUGGUGGAACAGUGUUGCGUCGCAUUUAUUACCAUUGGAUGGCUUGGCUGUAGGGCUCGUAAUUUCUGGACUGUUCUCUGUGCUUCAAAGCUUCCUGCUAUUUGUGUUGCCAUCUGAUAAGUAUUCUGAGCAUGAUUUUCGUGUAGUGUACCAUAGUGGUUUGAGGUCCUCGAUUACUACAACGAUAAAGAUCUGAGUGCUAGUGCAGCACAUUGGAGGAUAAUGUGAAUCGGGCUGACACCAGGCAAGGAAUUUCUAGACAUCCUCUGGAGGUUGCGUAAAAUCGCUUGAGAAGACACAAUAAAAUUUUUUCAAAUCGAUGCGACUAGACGAAUUAGGACAGCCACAGUCACACAAAGCUGCCAGCAGCAGACUUGCUUCUACUCACAAGAGCUGUGUUUUCCUC